AUGUACGCCGCGCAGCUCCGCUCCAAGGACGAGAUCUUGGCCAUCCGUGCUGCCGAGCGCGAGUACGCCAAGCGCGUACUAGUGGCGCAAGAGACGCUUAAAGUUGUGCGUGAAGAGCUGGCCACGUGCUACCGCGAGAACGGUGUGAACCACAAGAUGGCCUGCAAGGGUAUUCGCGAGGAGUACGCCAAGCUCAUCCAGGACCCCACCCACGGCGCUGGCUACCCGGUAGGCUAUCGGGAGCAAGACAUGACUCAAAUUAAUGGCAAAAAGGGAAGGAAGUAG